CGCUUCCGCUUCCGGAAUGUGACGCUGUCCGCAAAUCAAUGUACGCACAGCGGGCAUCAUGUCAAACUAUGGUCAAAACCAGGAUUAUUAUUAUGACUGGAAUAACCCACCGCCAGUUCAGCAAGGCUACGUUUACGACACAGGUUCCCAACAUGACUUCGGAGCUCAGCAGCAGUUUGCGACCUUCGAUUACACAGCACCCGGCGGAGGAGUGAACGCGGGCUACGGCGACCCAUCGAGCUACGUGGGAUCCGGUGGCUCGCCAUACACCGGUAGCAUCCUGACGCCAGAUUCCAGCUUGGGAUCAUACGGAACAGAUGACGACUUCGAAAACGAACCGCCACUUCUAGAAGAGCUGGGCAUUAACUUUGACCACAUACUGCAGAAGACAGUAGCAGUGCUGAACCCCAUGAAGGACCCAGACGCGGCCAUACUGCAAGAAUCUGACCUGGCAGGACCUUUAGUAUUUUGCCUGGCGUUCGGAGGAUUCUUGCUGCUCACGGGCAAGGUGCACUUCGGCUACAUCUAUGGCAUCGGUGUGCUCGGAUGCUUAGCCAUGUACUCGCUACUGAACUUGAUGAGUGCGUCCGGCAUUUCGGUCGGCUGCACGGUCAGCGUGUUGGGCUACUGCUUGCUCCCCAUGGUCCUGCUGUCGGGCUUGUCGAUCCUGUUCUCGCUGAAGGGCAGCCUGGGUACCGCCGUCGCGCUCGCAGUCGUCGUUUGGUGCGCGCUGUCUGCCUCCAAGCUGUUCGUCACAGCGCUGAGCAUGGUGCAUCAGCAGCCACUCGUCCUCUACCCCUGCGCCCUUGUGUAUGGAGUGUUUGCGUUGCUCACCAUAUUCUAGCACGCACAACUUUGUCCUGUUCUUGUCUUUGAGUGAAUAAAACGCCCGCGCUCUUCCA